AUGGAUAUUGUAGGACCAUUACCAGUUUCAAGAGGUUAUAAAUAUAUUUUAACAUGCAUAGACAGAACUACGAGAUGGCCAGAAGCUUAUCCAUUACAAAACAUUACGUCUGAGGAAAUUGUUAAAACUUUUAUUCAAAAUUAUAUUUCUCGUUUUGGCAUUCCAUUAAAUAUUACUGUAGAUCGUGGUUCACAAUUUACAUCUAGUUUGUUUUCGAAUUUAGUAGACAUACUUGGUAUCGAAAAAAUUCACACCUCUGCCUAUCAUCCACAAGCUAACGGAAUCAUAGAAAGAUUCCUUCGUCAACUUAAAACAUCCCUUACAUCUUCAAAUGAUUCUUUACAUUGGUCUGAUGAACUUCCUAUUAUAUUACUAGCUUUGCGUAAUCAAGUAAAAGAAGAUCUUAAAUGUUGUUCUGCUAAAAUGGUUUAUGGACAAACUCUGAGAAUUCCAGGCGAACUGAUAGUACCAUCUCAAAAUUUAGAAAAUACAAAUGAGUUCUUACUUCAGAAACUACGGGAACAUUUUUCCUCUAUUCGAACUGUUAUUUCUCAUCAUGGAAACAGUCGUAGUUACAUUCCUCCUUCAUUAAUGAAUUGGACAAUUUAUAUUGUCGGUUGCAAUCGAUCUUUGAAACCUGCUUUUAUCGAUGAAUUAAAGUUAAAUGAAGAACUACAUAACACCAAACAGCAACAAAAGAAACAAUGUUAUAAGUAUGACACCUUCCGGGACUUGCGUUAA